CUGAGACACACCUCUGAUUAGAUCAAUGGAGCAUGUGAGUUUUAAUUGAAGAUGAAGUGAAGACACUGACACAGUGAACACACACUGGAGAAGAUCUCAGCAUGAGUGAGGGAUCCAACAGCACCGUGUCUCAAGACGGUCCGUGGCCUGAGGGACAGAAGUGGCUGCUGGUUGUGGUGCUGGGACUGGAGAUGGUGAUGGGAGUGGUGGGCAACUGCUCCGUCCUGCUGGUCAAACUUCUGUGCAGGGGUCAGUUCAGCUGCCAGUGCUGGCUCCCGUUUGUCAGUUUGACUCUCUCUGAUUUAGUGGCGUCUAUGGUGGGCGGAACCAUGAGUCAGCUUUUCUUGUUGUCAGGCUGCUCCAUCCUCAUCAUCUCCGGGUCCCUGCUGGCCAUGCUGUCUGGGGGUCAAAGGUCGCCAUGGUGUGAGGUGGUCAGCCUGCUGAAGUUUGCGUUUGUAACCUCGUCCGUCGGCAGCAUAGCCAUCCUUUGCAUCCAACAAGUGAUCGCUGUCAAGUCAACCAUCCUCUUCGUCGUCAUGGUGACUGCGUGCUUGGCGUCUUGGGUCACCGGGGUGGUGUUCGGGAGCAUUCCGGUGGUCUACGCUUGGAUCCGGUACGACCCCGCGGAGAUGUUGUGCGCCGUCUUCUGGGAGAGCAGCUACUCUGACAUGCUGCUCUACAUCACCUGCGCCUUCUCCAUCUGCAUCUUCCUCCCUCUCCUCAUCAUCCUCGUCUGCUCAGUGCUGACAGCAGCUGGAUUCCUCAGGAAGUGCAGCGGUCUCACAGACGAUGACUCGGAUCUGUCCUCCAUCACCCCUCUGUUGGUCUCCUGCUACAUCUUCUGCUACACUCCCUUCGUGGUCUCUGAGCUGAUUCUCCUGGGCAGGACGGACCUGUCUCCAGCACCUGAGUGGCUCAGGACUUUGUCAUCAGUGAUGUCCUACCUCGGCUGCGGUCUCAACCCUCUCAUCUACCUCUCUCAUCUGGACUUCAGGGAAGCGGGUCUGGUCCUGCUAUGGACCAGACGGAGAGCUUCGUCAGAGCCGGUGCUCACAGCCAUCACUCCGCUGUGA